AUGGUAACGACUUGUCGUCAAUACUAUCGAGAUAAUCAUAAAAUCUUGAAAAAUAUUGACGAAUUUGAACAGAAUUAUCAUAUUGAUGAUUGUAUUCGUUGGUAUACAAAAGACACAUUCGUCUAUAGACUGAUUAAUAAAGCCUUGCGGACGGAAGAUCUUGAACAACUUUAUACAUUUCGUUAUUAUAUUGCUGAUUUAUCCAAACAACUUGCUUAUGAAUUCAGCAAGAACAACAUUAGACGAGAAAAAAUCUGUUUAUAUCGUGGAACGUUAUUUACUAACGAAGAAAUAGAAGCACUGAAGAGAAAGAGAGGAAAACUCAUUGCAGCUAACGGUUAUUGGUCUACUAGUAGUAAUCGUUCGUAUGCACUUACAUUUGCGAAGAAAUGGUGUCGUUCAGGUGGUAUUCCGAUCUUAUUUGAAAUAGAAUGCGAUUUAACGAAUCAAAACGAUUCGAUUAUCUUUGCUGAUAUAUCGAAUUUAAGUGAAUUUCCGAUAGAAGAGGAAUUCUUGUUUGAUGCGGGUUCAAUUUUCCAAAUUGAGAAAAUCAUAGAAGAAGAGGAAGAUAAUACUAAUUAUUAUAUAGUUCAAUUAAGAGCUACUGAAAAAGGACGAGAAGUUGCGAAACAAUAUAUAGAAGAAAAUCGACGAGAAAUGGAAUAUGGUAGUCCGAAAAUAUUCUUUGGUGUUUUACUGAAAAGAAUAGGGAAGCUUAAAAAAUCAUUGGCAUAUUUUGAGGAACUCUUAAAAAAUCCUGGUGAAGAAGAAAUAACUCAUAUUCAUAAUCGAAUUGGUAUUGCUCUGAGAAUAGAGGAUAAAUAUGAUCUUGCCUUAGACCAUUUUAAUAAAGCAUAUGAGUUGACUUUGAAAUCUGGUCAGUUACAUAGAAAAUGCUUAUCUUCAAUAUUUCAUAACAAAGGUCUCAUUUGUUGUGAACAAAAGAAGUUUUUCGAAGCUCUAAGUUAUUAUCAACAAGCAAUAGAUAUUUUAAAGGAAGAAAUAGGCACUAUGAAUCGUUAUAUUGCAGAAAUCUACAGUAGUAUUGGACAAGUUUAUUUACAUCUGAAAGAUUAUGAGAACGCUCUUGAUUACAAACUAAAAGCUUUGGAAAUAAGAAAAUUAUGUUUACCAUUUGGUCAUGUUAUUGGCGCUUUCAGUUACGCUGACAUUGCUGAAAUUUUUUGGCAUCAAAAAAAGUAUGAACAAGCUCUUAAAUAUCAUAUUAAAGCAUUAGAACUUCGUCAAAAAUAUUUGUUGUCCGAUCAUCUUGAUACAGCUUGGAGUCUGCAUUAUGUUGGGAAAAUGUAUUACGCGAAUGGUGAUAAAGCAAAAGCUCUCGAUUAUUAUCUGAAAUCACUUGAUAUGACAAAAAAAUGUCAGCCUCCUUCUCAACGCCAUACUGUUCCUGAAAUUCUUCAGGACAUUGCUGUAGUCUACGAUGACAAUUUGGCAGAUGCAUUGAAAUAUCGAUUCAAAGCACUAGAAGUUCAAAAGAAUACCGAACCGAUUAAUUAUUCAUAUUUGGUUCAUAUUCUCGAAACUAUUUGCUCUACAUACAAAUUAAUGGGUAGGGAUGGAGAGUCACUGAAGUUUUAUCAAGAAGCUUUACACAUUCAACAAGAACAUUUAUCCAAUAAUGAAGUCAAUACAUUUCACGAUCUUGAUGAUUAA